AAUAUAAUAAGCCAAGAACUAUGACGCAUCAAAAUCAUCAGACAAACGGCGCAAGUUUGGAGGACUGCCAUACAAACUUUUAUGCCUUGACUGAUUUGUGUGGAAUUAAAUGGCGCAAGUUCGUUAAUGGCGAACGUCCGAAUGCGUCAAGCGAUCCACUCGCCGAUCCGAUCUUGCGCUCCUAUUCACGAUGCAUGCAGGCGGAUAUGCUGUGCGUUUGGCGGCGCGUUCAAUCCACCAAACAGGACAACACCGAUCCGAAUGCCUUAAACUUUGAGAUUACCACAUCGACAACUGUACACCCGCCUCUAUCGCUGGCCGCCGCCAAGGAGCUAUGGAUCUUCUGGUAUGGCGAGGAGCCGGAUCUCAGUGAGCUUGUCGAUGCGGAGCUCCUCAAAAUAGCUGCCAAUCAAUCGCUCUGGAAUGGCACGUGGAAGGGCGAGCUGACCUACGAGUGCCGCUCGCUGCUUUUCAAGGCGCUGCACAAUCUCAUGGAAAGAUUCGUGCUGACCAAGGACAUUGUGCGCUUUGGCAAAUGGUUUGUGCAGCCUUGCACUUCCAGCGAUCGCCUGUUUGGACGCAGCUCGCAGCACUUGUCCUUCUCGUUCACGUUCUUUGUGCAUGGCGACACGGUCUGCGCCUCGAUAGAUCUGCGCGAGCAUCCCGCCGUGCGGCCCCUGACCAAGGAGCAUCUGGCGGAGGCAGCGGCUGCCUUUGCCGCCGCCAGCGGCCAAACAUCGGGCACAGCACGUGGCCAACAGGAUGCCGCCAGUGCGGGCACAGCCUCGCUGCCCGCCGGUUCGCCUCUGCUGGAGGCGGCGGCGGGCGCCGGAGAGAGGCCGUCGGCGUCGGCAGCGACAGCGACGCCAACGCAGGCACGCAAAGUGAUGCUGGCGCCGUUUGGCAUUGCGGCAAUACUCACCGGCAACAGCUACAAGGCCAGCGAUCCCAUGGCCGAAAAGAUACUCGAGGAUUGGGCCUCGUUUUUUCCGCUGUGCAAUAAGGACAACACGGAUGUGCCACCCGUCGUUGAGGUGGUAUCGGGUGGUCAUAAGAUGUAUCAUCCCACGAAUUAUGUACUAGUCACGGAUCUGGACGACAUGGAGCACAUGGAGUUUGCCGAGCUGCACAAGGCUAACGAUCAGGCGGCAGCAGCUGCGACGCCAGCAGCGACGCAAGCAGCAGCAGCGACGCAAGCGGCAGCAGCAGCAGCGAAGGACUCAAGGAAAGCGACAACGCAAGCGAUCAGCGCCUUGGAGCGUCUAACGUUUCAGCCCUACUACGAUCAGCGGCCCACAUCGGGCUUCACCUUCAAUACAAAUAAUACUCAUAUUCCCGCCACGGCGGCCAUCGAAAUGCCGGAGCGUGCCUGGCAGGAUUGCAUCAUGAAUACGCUGCACGUGGACGCCGCAGCAGCAGCGGCGGCGGCAGCAGCAGCGGCAGCAGCGGCAGAGGAAGAGGAGAACAAGCAAACGGAUUCCAAGCAGCACGUGCAACAACAAAUCCAACAGCAGCAGCAGCAGCAGCAGCAGAAGCAGCGGCAGAAGCUCUGGAACUUUGUGGACCCAAUGCAAAAGGCGCCCUGCAUAUGCACCAAACAUCUCAACGUGGGCAGCGCCUCCUCCGGCGGCAGCAGCAGCACGCCCUGCCAAGGCGGCGGCGGCGGCGGCGGCGCCUCGACCUAUUCACGCAACUCGCUGGGCGAUCCGGCGGUGGCCGCCGCCUCCUCCUCGGUGGGUUCGCCCGCAACGCCGGCGCCCUCGCCGCAUCCGCUCUCCAAUUCGGCGCACUCGCAGCCGACCUCGGUGCCGCCCGCUGAGCAACUGCUCAAUAUGAGUCCGCAUGCGCCGACAUCCGUAUCGAAUCUGCAGCAGCCGCCGACGCCCAUCGAUCAUCUGCUGGACAAGAAUACGCCGGCGCCAACGCCGACGGAUCAGCACGACAGCAAAAGCAUAACCGCCUCGCCGUACGUGCAUCAGACGCCCAGCGUCGAGCCGCCCACCUAUGCAGAGCAUGGCAAUGCGGCCGGAGGCGGCGGCUCUCAAUCUCUGAACGCGGCGCCGGGCAGUGUGCCUCAGCAGCAGCCGGCCACGCCCACGCCGGCAACAGCAGCAGCAGCAGCAGGAGCCGGAGCCGUAGCCGGAGCAGGUGGCGCCACACAAUGCGGCACGAUAAGCGUUAAGAAGCUGGAGAUGCAACAGCAGGCGCCACAGCAGGUGCUGGCCAUCAAGCAGGAGCCAGGCCUGGCACGGAUCAGCCAGGUGCAGCAGCAGCAGCAGCAGCAGCAGAUGCCGCUGGCGAGCAGCGCCUUGGAAGCGGUCACAAAUCUCUUCAAUCUGUACAAGCCGCCGCAGCUGACGCUGAAGGAUGGGGACAGCGUCUACGACGAGGAAUGGCUCAAGGAUGUCUACGACUUUAGCUUUCAGGAGACCUGGGAUAAUCUGCCCGUGAAGCGGCCCAAGCUGAACGAGUCCGCCAAGCAACGACGACCACGUUACGCCCGGAAUCUGUACGAGGGCCACACGCACUUCAAGCCGCUGAUGCCCUCGCCCGGCUCCGUCUACGGUCCGCUGCUCUCCAUCGAAGGCAGCGCCGCGGCACUGGGAGCAGCCGGCGAGGGCAGCUCCAGCGGCGGCGGCGGGGGGCUUGUGGGCAUAGCCGGAGGAGCCGGAGCAGGCGCAGGAGGAGCCUAUGGAGGCGCGUCCAGCGCAGAUGAGGCGGACAAUGCGCUUGGCGGCAGCUUGACUGCAACGACAACUGGUGGCAACAGUUUCUUCCAGGGCCUGGACAUUAAGACAGAGCCGGGCCUGCAUUCGCCGUGCAAGGAGUCCAAAUCGACGAGCACCGCGGGCAGCGGCAGCGCUGGCAACAAUCUGUUCACAGCUGAAGGCCUAAAUCCCUCGCUCAACGAUCUCGAGCAGCUGUUCGAGACGAGCUCCAACGACGAGUGCAGCAGCGUCCAGAUCCAUACGCCGCCCGACUCCAACAAUCCCUCGAAUGGCGGCUGCAGCGCCGUCAGCAACACAAUCGACGAGCUCAAGCGUAGCACGGCGGUGGCCAGCGCCGUUGUUGCCGCCGUCGUCGCCAGCUCCGGUGCGGGCAGCAUUCAGGCCGAAGAUCUAACCAAAAUGUUUCCGACGCCUCCAUCGCACGAGCAACAGCAUCCCAAUUCGAGUCCCUGCCAAACGGAUGUUGUCAUGACCGAUCUGAGCGUGGACACCAAUAGCACCACAAAUAUGGGCGUAGGCGUCGGUCUGGGCGUGGUCCUCAAAAUGGUCAAGCAGGAGUACAGCGUGGAGCUGGGCAGUCCCGUGGAGGAGCCCAUCGACGACUGGAGCUAUGUGUACAGGCCGCCGCAGCAGGAGAAAUUUGUGGGCUCCUCGCGCUACGCCCCGCUCACAAAUCUGCCCAGCCAGACGCAGCCGCCGCUCCAGAUACCCGCCAAUUGCUACUACAAUCCCACCUGGAGCCACAGCCAGAAGUCGCGGGCCGCCACGCUGGCCAAGGCGGCUGCCGCACAGCAGCAGCAGCAACAGCUCCAGAAGCAUCAGCAGCUCCAGCAGCGCAUCCAGCAGCACCAGCAGCUCCAGCAGCAGCACCAACAGCAGCAGCUCCAGCUGCAGCAGCAACAGCAGCAACAGCAGCAGCAGCAUAAGCAUCAGCAGCUGCACGAGCUGCUCUCCGCCGGACCGAGAACGCCGAUGAAUGCAGCGAUGCCGUCGCCCUCAAUGACGACGACGACGACGACGACGGUGCCGCAGCCGCUGAGCAGCGGCGGCAGCCAGCUGCUGUUGAAUCAGCUCAAUUGUCCGCAGGCGCCGCCUGGCAGCUCCAUGCAGCAGCUGAUGCAGCGGGCCGGAAUGUCGCCCAUUCCGUCGCCGGGCGGGCCGGGCGUGGUGCCCUUUCCGCGCAGCAGUCCGAUGCAUCUGGGCGGAAUGCGGCAGACGCCGACGCAUCCGCCGCCGCCGUAUCCGUAUGAGCUGGCGGCGGCCAGUCCGGCCACGUCCACGUCCUCGUACCUCAACAAGCAGUACAAUUCCCAGGAGCCGCCGGGUCAUCCGCACACGCCGCAGAGCGUGCAUCAUGUGAUGUUCGGGCCGAUGAGUGCGGGCACAGCAGGAUCGGGUGGCGCGGGAGCUGGUCUAAUGCCUGCCGGCGAUGGCUCCAAGCUGGCCAUGAUGCAAUAUUCCGGCAGCGGCUCAACUGGUUUGGGCAGCAGCUCCUCCUCCUCCGCCGCCGCCGCAGCAGCAGCAGCAGCCGCAGCUGCAAUGAGUCUGCUGCAGGAGCUGCCGGAGGUCAACUCGGUGCUGGUCAAUAUACUGCUGUACGAUACGGCUCUGAACGUGUUCCGGGAUCACAACUUCGACAGCAGCAGCGUCUGCGUCUGCAAUGCGGAUACCCAGAAGAUUGGCAACAUCCGCGGCGCCGAUUCGGGUCUCUAUGUGCCGCUGCCCGGCAGCAGCUUCAAUCCGUUUCCGUCGCAGCGUCUGCUCAGUAGUCAUCCGGCGGCCACGCCCUAUAAUCCCUUUGGAGGCAGUGCAGCGGGUGGCGGCGGCGGCGGGGGAAUGCGCAUGCUAAGUGCCUUUGGCGGUGGGCUGGACUCGUCGCCGGUGGCUGCGCUGUCCGGAGCUGGCUCCGUGCACCAUGGCCACGGUCCCAACGGCGGCUCCAGCUCCUCGUCGUGCACUCCGCCCAGCAGCAAUCCGCACAUCACGGGCUACGUGGACGACGAUCCGGUCGAGUGCACCUGCGGCUUUAGCGCUGUGGUCAAUCGUCGACUGUCGCAUCGCGCCGGCCUCUUCUACGAGGAUGAGCUGGAGAUCACGGGCAUUGUGGACGAUCCGGCCAGGCACAAGCAGCCCACGCUCUUGAGCCUCAUCCAAAGCCUGUGUCGCAAGGGCAACAACAACAACAACAGCAAGUCGGGCAACGAGCCGGUUGGCAAGGAGCUGGAGAAGCUAACGACGACGACGACCACAACGUCCCAGCAGCAUCAGCAGCAGCUGGAGCAGCUGGCGCAUGCGAUCUUCGAUCUGCUGCUGGAUCAGUGCUCGAUUAUCCAGACCUCGAGCAGCUCGGUGCAUCGGGCCCUGCAGUCGCAUCGCCGUCGCAUGUCCCGGCAGCGGCGACUCUUUGGCCAGAACAGCGCCUCGCUGGCGUCCAUUGCGAACGUGCUCGAGUUUACGGAUGCGCACGACGUGGUCAGCCUGGCGCUGGAGCAGGCACGGCUCGCCUUCGAGAGCCAGCGCAUGGACAUGAACAUGCUCGAAUUCGGACACAACAAUCACCAUGGACAGCAGCAGCAGCACAAUCCGCACCAGCAUUCGCAGCAUACGCAUCAUCCGCACCAGCAACAUCCAGCACAGCAUCCGCAACAGCUGACGGCAUUCCAGGCGGCGCCUGCCCUGCGCCAGAAGCUCCUCGUGCUGGGCAGCAGUCGCCUCACGGUGCACAAAUGGCCCUAUCUACCCGUGGGCUUUACGAGAAGCAACAAGGAGAUCGUCCGGACAAUGAACGCCAUCCAGCCGAUGCUGCAGAGCGCCUUCCAUUGCAAGUCGCGCGGCGGUGCCGCCGGCUCCAAGGAUGCCAGCUCCUACAAUACGGUCAGCGGUCCGCUCACCUGGCGCCAGUUCCAUCGUCUAGCCGGACGCGCCUCCGGCCAGUGCGAGCCACAGCCCAUACCCUCGGUUGUGGUCGGUUACGAGAAGGAUUGGAUUUCGGUGGCGCCGCAUUCCAUUCACUAUUGGGACAAGUUUCUUCUGGAGCCCUAUUCGUAUGCCCGGGACGUGGUCUAUGUGGUCGUGUGUCCGGACAACGAACAUGUCGCCGCCAGCACGCGCACCUAUUUCCGUGAGCUGAGCAGCACCUACGAGAUGUGCAAGCUGGGCAGGCAUACGCCCAUCCGCGGCUGGGAGGGCGUCUUGCAGGUGGGCACCGAACGGGAGGCGCCGCUGACGCCGCUCGACGACUGGCUGCGCACCCUGGACCAUGCGCCCCUGGCCGAGCAGAUCCGACGCUAUGCCGUGGCCUUUCUCUACCAGCUGGCGCCCUAUCUGAGCCGUGUGCCCGGCGACAAGACGCUGCUCAAUCCUCCGGAUGCCUCUGCCAGCGGCAGCCACUCGACCAAGGCACCGGGCGCGGCGCCACCUUCAGCUGCCGAGCAUCCGCAUGAGCCCGUCAUCAAGCUGGAGCCGGGCACAGAGCCGACCCCGGCGACGCAGAGCAGCAGCAACAGCAGCUCCGGCGGCGGCGGUGCCGGACAGGAGCAGGACAGCAAAGCGGAUGUCAAAGCGGGCGGCGACUCGAAACCCGCCCUGGUGCUGGGCGAUCCGCUGGGCAUGGGCGAAACGCUGGAGGACAUCAAUCCAUCGGCCAUAGUCCUUUACGUGGUGAAUCCCUUCACCUUUGCCUCGGACAGCUUUGAGCUGGAGAGACUCGCGCUCAUCGCGCUGCUGCGCUGCUAUGCGGAGCUGCUGAAGGCGGUGCCGGAUUCUGUGCGCGCCCAGAUGAACAUCCAAAUCAUUUCGCUGGAGGCCAUCAUGGAGCUGGGGCCGUGCGGCAAUCGUCGUCGCUUCUCGGACGAGAUCAAGUGCCUGGCAUUGAACAUAUUCUCGCAGUGCCGGCGGCAUCUGGUGCAUGCGCAGCCCGUCAAGAGUCUGACGGGCUUCGGCACCGCCGCCAACAUGGAGGCCUUUCUCAAGACCAAGGAUGAGCCCAAUCGCCGCGCCUACAAGAUGUACACGGCGCCCUUUGUCCUGGCCCCGAUGCACGAGCGCAACGACAAGACGGACUUCUCCCGCGCCGCCGGCAGCAUGCACGGCCAGAACGAGACACGAUAUUCGGUCAUGUAUUGCAAUUAUUGCCUGAGCGAGGAUCAGUCCUGGCUGCUGGCCACCGCCACAGAUGAGCGUGGCGAGCUUCUGGAGAAGGUUUGCAUCAAUAUCGAUGUGCCGAAUCGGGCGCGCAGACGCAAGGCACCGGCACGUUAUGUCGCCCUGCGCAAGCUCAUGGACUUCGUUAUGGGCCUCAUCUCGCAGACGUCGCAGAUGUGGCGUCUGGUCAUCGGACGCAUUGGACGCAUCGGGCACAGCGAGCUCAAGUCCUGGAGCUAUCUGCUCAGCAAACAGCAGCUGCAGAAGGCAUCCAAACAGUUCAAGGACAUGUGCAAACAGUGCACUUUGAUGUAUCCGCCGACCAUACUGAGCGCCUGUCUGGUCACACUGGAACCGGAUGCCAAGCUGCGCGUGAUGCCCGAUCAGUUUACGCCCGACGAACGCUUCUCGCAGAUCUCCAUGCAGAAUCCGUUGUCGACGCCGCAGGAUGUGACCUGUACACACAUUCUGGUCUUUCCCACGAGUGCUGUCUGUGCUUCCUUCACACGACAAUUCCAGAACGAGCCGCAGGUGGACGACGACUUCAUCUUUGGCGAGGAGGAGGGCAACGAGGACUUCAGCGAUGCCGAUAUCGGCGACCUCUUCUGGGACUCUCACAUGGAUCGCGUCUCGAAUCACGGCAGCCCGGGACGCAUGGAGGACAAUCGCAGCUGGCAGAGCGCCGGCGGCAACAAUUUCAAAUGCACGCCACCGCAGGAGGUCGAGGAGGUGGGCUCCCUCAAUCAGCAGCCCAUUUCGGUGGGUUAUAUGGUGUCAACAGCGCCGACAGGUCGAAUGCCCGCCUGGUUCUGGUCCGCCUGUCCGCAUCUGGAGGAUGUGUGUCCCGUCUUCCUGAAGACCGCAUUGCAUUUGCAUGUGCCCAACAUUCAGAUAGCCGACGAUAUACUCAACUCGACCAAUGCCCAUCAGUCGGCAAAUGAUCAUCCGCUGGACUCGACCUUAACGGCCGAUGUCCUGCGCUUUGUCCUUGAGGGCUACAAUGCGCUCUCCUGGCUGGCCCUCGAUUCCAAUACACACGAUCGACUCUCCUGUCUGCCCAUCAAUGUGCAGACUUUAAUGGAUUUGUACUAUUUAACGGCGGCGAUAGCAUAAACGCGCAGUCACAAAAAGCAAUAUACAACACUAGAGAAUUAACAGUAGCAGUAACAGAGUAACAGUAACAGAGUAACAAAGUAACAGUCGAUUGCUUCCAAUUGCUGUACUUCCAUAUAAUAGCAAAAUAUCCACAAGUGCUAUACCAAAACAAAGUAACUCCAACAACAACAACAACAAAUAAAACACCAAGCAACCAACAACUGAAGUUAACAGUCCAAAAAAAACCAAGAAGUUAAGUAACAGUAAGAAUAACAGCAGCCGUAACAGUAACAGUAACAGUAAUAUUAUAAACAUGAACUGUUAACAGAAUAACGCACAGUUAGCGUAAACACAGAGCCUUGUAAUAACAGCCGCCGCCGCCUUACAGCCUUAUCACAGGGUGUGCAAACUAAAAAGAAGAAGAAAGUAAAAGAUGAGCAAUGAGCAAUGAGCGAUGAGCUCUUGAUGCGCUAAAUUGAAUUAUGGUUAGCGACAACCGAUGGAUAAAGUCUUGAGAGUAGCAAAACAGCAUUACUAUUUAUUAAUUGAAGAAUUGUGUAUAGUGCAAAAAUUGUUUUUUUAGGC